AGGGCAGACAGGCGGAAUGACGGAGGAGAAAUGUCCGCAGCUGGUGGACUACUUUGUAGUGGCAGGUCUUGACCCUGCAGGGCCCUGGAGGCCCCUGGAUGAGGAUGGGAAGACCUCCUCCUCCUCCUCUUCCUCCUCCACCCCCUCCUCUUCAUCAGCCCGGGCGGCGGAGCCGAUCACGGACCUGGCGGUGAUCGCCAAAGGGCUCGGGGAGGAAGUGCCGGAGGGCUUCACCUGCAUCGAGAGGACGCUGGGCGGACACUCGGCCGAGCUGAGCGCCGGACUCAUCAACAACCCGCACCUGUACCUGUGUUACCGACGAGGACGAGACAAACCGCCCAUUCUGGACCUGGGGGUUCUGUACGAGGGGAAGGAGCAGCUGAAGCAGGGCUGGUACAUCAUCGAGACGACUCCCUACAGCCGCAGCGCCAGCCUGAGCUCCGGCGGCGCCCCGACGGCUCACCGGGUGUUCCUGAUGUAUCGACGGGCUCUGGACUCGCAGGGGCUCCACACGCUGGGCGUCACAGACAUCGCCCUGCUGCUGCCCAGCAAGGGGGAGGUGGCCCCGCACACUUUCUGUCGCGUCGACAAGAACCUGAACACCGGCAUGUGGGGUCCGGCCCUGUACGUGUGCUAUAAGAGAGCUGUGGCCAAAGCCAACGCGCUGGUCUACGAAGCCAGUGAGUAUCAACCA